CAAUGCCCAUUGAGCGUUCACUGUGCGCUCGAGCAGUCUACGCGUUGUUGAUACUGAUUUAAUCCACAUUGGGAGCGGACAGUUUGAAGACGUGCGACCAGAGACACAAUUUGAGGAAUACUCGGAUUAAUGUCAUUUGUUUUUCAUCUGUCUAUGAGCACGACCAAGUAAAUUAUAUUUGGCGGAUUUAAACAAGCACGUUUUACCUGGGAGAACUCGAGAACGACCUUCAUUCAGGUUGAGGUGAAGAGAGUUGUCACCCCACUUGUUUGUUAAAUAUUUUUUUGUAUUAUUUAGCCUAUAGUUGAAUUUAACAGAAAAAAAUCGAAUGUAUAAGCCAAAUAUGUAGACACUUAUCUGUAGCCUAUUCUUAUUUUUGUCAUUUGGAUUUUUUUGCCCGUUCUUAUUUCUCGAAAUAAUCCACAUUCCCUGCAACCUACGAUGUUCCCUUGUCCUGUUUAUGUUUUUGAAUAGCCUUCCUUCGGAUUUGCACUAUCCACUAGUUGGGACACAAGACCCACCUGUUGCAUUUCGAGGCAAAACUCAUAAAACAGAAAUGUCACAGCUAGAGGUCGACGUGGCCGGACUGGGUUUCUCCAAAUUACCUGCUGGGUUCGACGCCAACUCCUGCUUCCCUGGCCGAAUACCACCAAGGCGAAGGAGACACUCGGCAAACUCCAGGAGAAACUCGUACAGGUUGAGCAAAAUAAAUACCUUGGAUUUGGAGCCUGAAGUUUACGAUGAUUCCCCUCUCUCCAAAACUCACUCCUGGUCUGCUGAUGAUAUUUUAGCCGAAACAGCGGCAGAGGAGAAAAAGGUGGACUCCUCAGCACCAGCCUCACCUGUCUCAAGCCCGGGAACGAGCACGUGCUCACCCCCUGGUACCCAAGCGUCAGACCCCAAAUCACCUCUUGAUACCUGGGACGCGCCACAGCCCAGCUCGCAAGUACAGGGCACAAGUUCAGAUUCCGAGGAAGAAAUCACUGACAAAAAGGUCAUUUUAUCUCGAGCUCCAUUUGAAAGAAAACGGGAGCAAGAGGAAAAGGAUGAAAUUGAAACCAAAGCCGUGGCGACGUCACCUGACGGAAGGUUCCUCAAAUUCAACAUUGAAAUUGGGAGAGGGUCGUUCAAGACGGUGUACAAAGGCCUGGAUACGGAGACAACAGUAGAAGUGGCAUGGUGUGAGCUACAGACGCGGAGGCUGACGAAGGUGGAGCGCCAGCGUUUCAGUGAGGAGGUGGAGAUGCUGAAGGGGCUGCAGCACCCCAAUAUUGUCCGCUUCUACGACUCCUGGAAGGACAACUGCAAGGGCCACAAGUGCAUCCUUCUGGUCACCGAGCUCAUGACAUCAGGCACCCUCAAGACGUACCUGAAGAGGUUCAAGGAGAUGAAGCUGAAGCUGCUGCAGCGCUGGAGCCACCAGAUCCUGAAGGGCCUCCACUUCCUCCACACCCGCACCCCGCCCAUCAUCCACAGGGACCUCAAGUGUGACAACAUCUUCAUCACCGGCCCCACAGGCUCCGUCAAGAUCGGCGAUUUGGGCCUGGCCACACUAAAGAGUGCCUCGUUCGCCAAGAGUGUCAUUGGGACUCCUGAGUUCAUGGCUCCAGAGAUGUACGAGGAGAAGUAUGAUGAGGCGGUGGACGUCUAUGCCUUUGGGAUGUGCAUGCUUGAGAUGACCACGUCUGAGUACCCCUACUCCGAGUGCCAGAACGCUGCCCAGAUCUACCGUAAAGUCACCAGCGGAAUUAAGCCGGACAGCUUCUUCAAAGUAAAAGUCCCUGAGUUGAAAGGGAUCAUAGAGGGAUGCAUCCGCAUAAAUACAGACCAGAGGUACACCAUCCAAGACCUGCUGGAACACACCUUCUUCAAGGAGAACAAUGGCGUCCAUGUUGAGCUGGCGGAGGAGGACGACACGGUGAAGUCUGGCCUGAAGCUGUGGCUGCGUAUGGACGACACCAAGAAGCUGCAUGGGAAGUACAAGGACAACAACGCCAUCGAGUUCCUGUUUGAACUCUACAAGGACGUACCCGAGGAGGUGGCCCAGGAGAUGGUGGUGCUGGGCUUCGUCUGUGAGGCAGAUUACAAGCUGGUGGCCAAAGCCAUCCGGGACCGCGCCACCGCCAUCAAGCGGCAGCGGGAGAAGCAGCGCCGGAUGGCCGAGGAGGCCUUGCGCCAACAACAGGAAACUGUCAUUGAGGAAGAACCAGAGUUGGCCCCCGAGCCAGAACCACCCACCCCCAAACCUCAAAUAGCCCUUCCCAUUAAACAGCCCGCCCCUGUCUCGGCACCCCCUGCCCAGAGUCUGCCCACUCCGAUGGUGUCGAGGCCGGUGAUAUCCGUGGCUAACGGCUCGGUGGAUUCGGGGAUAAAUGCCAGCUUCACAGCAGAGACGGAGGAGCAGGAGGCAGACCAGCGGUUGCACUACAACAUCAGACAUGCCAGCUACUCCUCUGCCACGUCCGACUGCGAAAUGGAUGGCUACCUGAGCUCCUCUGGCUUCCAGGAUCCCGGGGAUCCCCAUCUCCAGCCUCCUGUUAAUUUUGCCCCUUCCUCCAUCACUCCUGUUCCGUUGCCCCUGGAGAUCCCUCGCAUCGAGGCCCUGGCCAUCAAGGCUCCUCCCCCUGACGCUCCACCAAUCCCAGCUCUCCGCUUCCCCUCGAGUAUCGCUGUAUCCAACACUACCAUGCCCCAGUCAGGAAAUGCCAGUGGUUUCUCUUCUCCUGUCGACAGCUAUGCCUCUGAUGUGACAUCAGGCUUGAGUGAUGGCAAUGAGGGCCUAUCAGAAAAGAAUGCCAACAAACGUACCGGUACCAAGCUCUUCAGGAGGAGAGCCCGCUCACGCUUACGAAUCACUGGGUUGUCUGACAAAGUGGACCGUGUGGUGGAGUGUCAGCUCCAGACUCAUAACAGUAAGAUGGUGACCUUUAAGUUUGACCUGGACGGAGACAACCCGGAGGACAUUGCUGCUGUCAUGGUCCACAAUGAGUUCAUCCUUCCCUCUGAGCAGGAGGGCUUCAUCUACCGCAUGCGUGACAUCAUCAAGCGUGCAGAGGCCCUGAUGAAGAGGGGUGAGCCCCUGAGUCUGGGGGACGCUGCCCACCAGCUCUACCCCUACCUCAGCGAAGUGGGCAUCCUGUCCGCCUCGCAGCCAAACUUACAUGCGCAUGGACUGGAACGGACACAUUCCUCUUCAUCAUUGCCCGACUUUGCUGAGGGCAGCGUUGCUCAGCUCCGAGGCUCGUCUCCUGUGGCGCCUGUUGGAGACUUCUACAUCGACCCAAAGGCGGUCCCUUCUGUUCGCCCCCUCCGCUCUCAGUCCUUCCAGACCACGUCAAGUUCUUCCCAGACCUUCCACCCGCCUGCUUCCCAUUACCCCCAGUAUUCCCACCCCAAGGCUGUGCCCCCCGUGAUGCCCCUCAAUCAGCUGCUUCCCCUGCCCCAGCAGUACCCCAAGCCCCCCUAUGUCCCCAACACCCACUUCCCCUUCCCUUACCCUUUCACCCAGACCUCCUCAAAGCCCACCAGCGCCCCCCUCACCCCCGAGACCCUCCACCGGGUCCUAAGCAACUCCAACCUCUCCUCCUCUUCCCCAUCCCCUUCCUCCUCCCCUGCCAAGCCGCCCACCCCAGGGCAGCAGCAGGGGGGUGAAACAUUACCUCUGAAGGGUGAGGUAGUGGGCAGUACCCCCCAGCCCACCCCUCCAGCCCAACAGCAGCAGAACCCAGGCAUGUGGCCCCCCAACAGCCACAACCAGCCCCUCUUUUCCCUGGCCAACGUGUUGUCCCUGGCCAUGAGCGUGGCCCAGUCCUUCAUGCCCCCCACCUCCAUGCCCAGCGGUCUGAACCCAGCCCAGUCUGGCUCCUACCACCCCUCCAUGUUUGGCCCUCCCCAGCUGAUGCCAGGGGAGGGCCCCUACCCACCCCAGGGCCAGAUAACAGCAGGCCAGUAUCUGGACAUGUGCCAGCAGUAUGCAGACACCCAGGCUCUGCACCAACAGGGCCUGUUGAAAGCCAACGUAGCCCCAGGGUUACCCCAGCCUGGUGGGCUAGUCGAUGGGACUGCUUUCAGGCAAGCUGGCUCCAGCCUCUCUCCUCCAGGAUCCAGGGUGAGUCCCCAGAUGUAUUGCCAGCUGGGGCCCAGGGUGGGGUUCCAGGAGCAGACAGACAGCUCAGCCUCUACCUCUAUCACCAGCUCCCCCUCCUCCUCAGCUCCAGCCAGCCCACAGAGCACUGUGUCUUCACCCAAGCUAAGAACCUCUUCACCCCUGGUGGUGUCAGAGUCGGGAGCAAACGCUGCCAAAAACAGACUGUCACCUAUCUCUGAGGAGAAAAAGUCUACAGUUACCGUCGGCCGUUUCCAAGUCACACCCAGCAGAGAGAUCCCUGCAGCCUCCGCUAGCCCCGCCCAGGAUCCUCCCCAAACCCACCCACAACACCAAACCCCGCCCACAGUCACCGUUAGCACCAGCCCUUCCUCCCGGGACAGUGAAUCUGAUACCAGCACCGAGGAGCAGGGGGGCGAAUCAGAAAGCAGCGUUAGCACCUUAACCGUGUCCCCUCCCCAGCGAUCCCCCGGCGGGCCCCUGUGUAACCUAGACAUCGCCCAGUCCUUGCCUGGAGGCCCUAAGCAGACAGAGCAGGAGGACCAGCAGGAGAGGGAGGAGGAGCCAGACAAGGAGCCAGACAAGGAGCCAGACAAGGAGCCAGACAAGGAGCCAGACAAGGAGAAAAAGGAGGGAGAGGAGGAUGAGGAGGAGGAGCUGAGGAGAAGGGGGGGUCGGAGGCUGAGCCUGAGCCUGUGGGAGGGUACAGCGGGGAGCCCCCAGUUCAGUGGGAGCAACCUGAACCAGCCCUGGAUGAGCUACACGCGCAGCGCCUCGUAUGUCAGCAGUGACGAGACAGAGAGCGAGAACGAGGAUAUGUGCGAGGAGCUACAGGAACUCAGGGACAGGCACCUGUCAGAGGUGCAGGCCCUCCAGCUCACUCAGAAGAGGGAGAUUGAGGCGCUGUAUGAGCGGAUGGGAAAGGUGCCUCCCCCUGGCAUCGUGUCCCCUGCUGCCAUGCUCAACAACCGCCAGAGGCGCCUCUCCAAGAGCGGCAACUACCCCGGCUUGCGUAGGAACAGCCUGCAGAGACUGGAUAUACUGCCCCCUGCAGGGAUCAUGCGUAAAAACUCAGUCAGUGGCAGCAGCAGUGGCUCUCAGGAGAGGUCCAGUAAAGGGGUGACCUUUGCCCCCGACUACAACCGGAUGUGAGACGUGUCUCCCUGUGUGAUCUGGAGAACUGGGGGUUGAACCAGGAAGAGAGGGAGCCCAAUGAUGACCAAUACGUUGCCCAGCCCAGUGCUGAACAGAUAGCUCCCAGCCUGAGCCUUGCGAUGGGGAAACCGAAUGAACAGAAGACAUGGGCCUUUUCUGAAUUGGAUUUGCCCAACUCCUGCGUCCUCUUUCCUCUGUCCUCUCUCGUCUCCUUAUGAAAAAGGUAAUUGAGGAGAGGUAGCAAGGAGAGUGAACGAGGACGAAAAUGGGUUUGUAAGAAAUUCAACUUUUUCUCCACUCAGGCAAAUUACGUUUACAGGGGUGGAUCCCAAAAUUAAUUUGUAGAGUGAUAAAAACAAAUUAAGUUAGCUGUUCAAUACAUUUUAUAGAUACAACUAUAAGUAGCAUAUUGUUUGUAAACAUGUGCAUGCUUUUCUCCAUCAACAAAACAAAAGCUGAUUCAAAGGGGGUGUGGCAGAUUUAUAAGUUCUUCCGUGAAGGACUCAGGUAGGAGACACAUGACUAUCAUCUAUGAAAGAUGGCUAACAAGGAGGAAGAACACUCUUCUGUUCGCCUUGACCACUUAUGAGUUUCUGAGUCACGGAGGAGAGAGGACGAAGGAGAGGUUGGAGGACGGACUUUUUCCCAAAUGAGAAAAGGCCAUGGUCAUCCACAUCACUAAACACUAACAACGAUGGAUAAGGAUCCCAUUGUUAGAGCACCAAAGCAUCCUAUCUGCCAUCUGGUCCAUGUGCAAUACCGAGUUAGUAUUGUGACACCAAUCCAAGGAUGUCACCCUCCCCAUCUUAAGGAUGCUAAGCUUAUAUAGCUGUGUGUAGCAUCAGGUCAAGUGGAAAGUGAGCAUAGGAAGGCUAAUUGUGUGUGUUUCUGCGUGUGCUCUUAUGCGGUUGCUGCUUGUGCUAUCCCUGGAAAACACACGUCCCAGAAGCCCUGCUCUCUCCUGCACCUCGUCAUCCAACUGCUGCAAGCAGGAACUCCUCUUAAUACAAUAUGACCCUAUUCAAUCCGAAGUGCUGAAGAUCUGCUUAAUGUUGAAAUUGACAACUAAAGGCCAUGUUCCUGCGGUCGUGGAGACUGCAUUCAAGGUAAACGCUGCAUAUGUCUGCUCAAUCUGAAAAAAACUUAACAUUUUUAUGUGGGUCAUCUGCGAUACUUCGGCGAUAUGGAUCAAAUCCAGCCCUAGCUAGACAGUGUUUUACUGUCCAGAUGUUAUGAAUCAAGAGAUAAGAUAGCUUUAGCAGGAUGAGAUGUAAUCAUUGCCUUCAAAACAGUGCCUUUGUAGGGUUUGUAAUAUUGUUUCAAGUUGGUAUUUGAAGGGUUUGCAAUAUUGCGUAAGGAAUGGGAUGAACAAAUAUGCAUCUAAUGUUUUGACCGGCAAGUCAGGUCAGCAGUUUUCCAUUUUGCAGCUCCGUUUACUUGGCGUGCCGGGUGAACUAAAUCAAGUACACCUAAAUAAGAGUCAAUCCAAGCUGCCUGCAAGUAUCAGCAAAACAUCAGAGCUGUAUUUGGUGUAAACAAAUGUUCAUGAAGCAACACAAAUCACACAUGGUGCAUGAAAAACUAAAUGUCACUUUACUGAACUUACACUGAACAAAAAUAUAAACGCAACAUGUAAAGUGUUGGUUUCAUGAGCUGAAGUAAAAGAUCCCAGAAAUGCUCCAUAUGCACAAAAAGCUUGUUUCUCUAAAAUUACAUUUGUUUACAUCCCAGUUAGUGAGCAUUUCUCCUUUGCCAAGAUAAUCAAUUCUCCUGACAGGUGUGGCAUAUCAAGAAGCUGAUUAAACAGCAUGGUCAUUACACAGGUGCACCUUGUGCUGGGAACAAUGAAAGGUCAUUCUAAAAUGUGCAGUUAUGUCACACAACACAAUGCCACAGAUGUCUCAAGUUUUGAGGGCACGUGCAAUUAGCAUGCUGACUGCAAGGAUGUCCACCAGACCUGUUGCCAGAGAAUUGAUCGUUAAUUUCUCUGCCAUAAACCGACUCCAACUUCGUUUCAGAGAAUUUGGCAGUACAUCCAACCGGCCUCACAACCACCUACCACGUGUAUGGCGUUGUGGGGUGAGUGGUUUGCUGAUUACAAUGUUAUGAACAGAGUGUCCCAUGGUAGCGGUUGGGUUAUGGUAUGGGCAGGCAUAAGCUACGGACAACGAACACAAUUGCAUUUUAUCGAUGGCAAUUUGAAUGCACAGAAAUACCGUGACGAGAUCGUGAGGCCCAUUUUUUGUUAAGGUAUAUGUGACCAACAGAUGCACAUCUGUAUUCCCUGUCAUAUGAAAUCCAUAGAUUAGGGUCUAAUGUAAUUGCUGAUUUCCUUAUAUGAACUGUAAACCAGUAAAAUCUUUGAAAUUGUUGCAUGUUGCGUUUAUAUUUUUGUUCAGUAUACAAACACUCCAGGUCUUAUAAUAUACUACAUGUUGUUAAUUUGUUACUCACUCUCUAUGGCCUAGUAGUAAAGAUACUGCGUGUCACUUAUCAGCCUUGAUUUUUUUAAGCACAGAGUGGACGCUUAUGCUUUAAAAAUGUAUUUGAUCUUCUUAAUCUAUGGAUUGAUACAAUGCACUUUCCAUAGCGGUCGUUCACUAUUAGUAUUGAACAAUUGCGUCCCUAUAAAUAAUAGCGGGGUAACGAUGUAUAGUUAUAUAUUUUAAAUCGGUAUGCGUGCCUACGCAUUUAGUGUUGGUAAUUAUUUGAUUCAUGACAAAGAACUGAAGCUGUGAAGAAUUCUGAGCUAUUUGCCUUAAAGUAUGCACAUGGGGAACGAUUGCAGUAGAACACAUGAAAUAUAUUACUCAGAUUGUGUUCUUCUAAAUCAAGACAUCAACAGUAAAUAUACAAUGAACUCUAUUUUGUUGUCAAUCAUGUUUCUAGAAAACAUACUGCCAUGCAGAUUCUGUGCCUUUACCAUACUUUUUUUUAACCUUCCAAGCGUGAUUGUUUCCUAAAUCAUAUUUUUAAAUAUUGCUAAUAAAAUGACUAUUCAACAUCAUG